GAAGAGACGACGAGAGAACGAGCCCGACGACGACAGAGAUGAGAGUGGUACUUGCGUGUGCCCUCCUCUCCCUCCUCUCUUCAUCACAUGCCUGUCCAAAGGAGUGCUCCUGCAACAGCGACACCAAAGUGGUGGACUGCCGGGGUCAAGGACUGUACGACAUCCCCCGACGACUGCAACCAGACACGCAGGAGCUGUACCUGCAGGACAACCGCAUCCGGGGCGUGGGGUCCAUGGCCUUCAGGGAGACACCGCUCGUGCGCAUCCUCGAUCUGUCCAACAACUCCAUCGCGUCUGUUUCGCCCACCGCUCUGCUGGGUUUGAGGACUCUACAGCGCCUCAGUCUGGCCUACAACAACCUGAAAGAGCUGGACAAGCGGCUGCUCGGACCGAUCCGCUCCCUUUCGCACCUGGACCUCUCACAUAACAGCCUGUGGGGUUUACCCGGAGCCAUGGUGGACGGUCUGAGGAACCUCAGCCACCUGGGUCUGGCACACAACAGGAUAACACGAGUGGACCGCUCCGUGUUGGAGGCUCUGACCCGUCUGGACAGCCUCACACUGCGAGGAAACCCCUGGAGAUGUGACUGCCAGCUCAUCGGCCUCAAACUGUGGCUGGAGACGUUCCUCUUUAAAGGUGGAGCGGUGGACGAGGUCCUGUGCUCUCAGCCAGAGGAGAUGAAGGACCGAGACCUGCAGAAAGUCCCCUACCAGCUGUUCCACGUCUGCAUGACCACCAGCUACCACUACCUCUUCGCCAACAUCCACCACCUGGAGUCAGAGAGGCUGCUGCGCACCCACACCCACGGCAACCACGCUCUGCACAUCCCCGUGGUGAUGGGGGAGGGCUUUGGUGGUGGUGGAGGAGGAGGAGCAGCAGGGGGAGGAGCAGCAGCAGGGGGAGGAGGAGGAGCAUCGGCAGCAGCAGCAGGAGGAGGGAGUAUCCCAGAGUGUGAACCUAAGCAGAGGCCGCGUCCUGUCAACCUGCGCCACGCUAUCGCCACCGUCAUCAUCACGGGCGUGGUGUGUGGGAUUGUGUGUCUGAUGAUGCUCGCCGCUGCCGUGUACGGCUGCGCCUACGCCGCCGUCAUGGCCCGAUACCAGCGGGAGCUGAAGAAGAAUGAGGAGCUGGCGGCAGCGGCGGCGGCGCAGGCGGCCGAUAACGCCGCGGCGGACGAGAAGGAGCCACUGGAGAACGCUAUCGCCUAAGAGACGCUAACAGGAAGCCUGGACGCCUCAACCCUUUAACCUAAAUGUGUUUGGAUGCCAUAUGUGAGCGUGUGAAUGAACUAAAGAGAGAGUGAAUGUGUUAUGUAUGCAUGAGGGUUGUCACUUUUUAUCUGAAAGGUCAAAACAUUCAGCCUAGAAGCACAUCAGACUUGUCUGAAGGAAUUACAGAGAGGUCCAGCAGAGGGCGUUCUGAGCACGAGCAAGCGCGACGGUCAAGCGGACAAUGAAACGGCUCAUCGACCAAAGAGAUUUAUAAAGAGAACAUUUGUAAGUAUUUUGGGUUCUAGAGCUGACUCACCUGUUAGCUUAGCUUGUAGGCUACACAGUGCAUACACUGGUUUAAAGAAAGUAAAAUCAGCCUCAUUUUGCCCGAGCCCCGAAUGACAGGGGCCAAAACGACUCCUGGCAGGAAUACAUGCGAGGAGCCGUCAUCCUUCAGAUUAUUCUUCUCUCCAAGUUAACGAGCAUAAAAACUCUUGAAACUUGGCAUCUGGGGAAAAUGCGACAUUGGCAUAGUUCCCAGAACCGUGCAUUGCUCAAGGGCUCUAUAGCGCUCCCUAAGGUGAAAACAGAGGCAAAAUUGAGUUCCACCGAAUUUCCCCAAACUUGGUGGGGAGAUGUUAUCGACCAAGACGAACAAAAAAGUCGAUAGUAACUGUGACCUCAACUCAACAGGAAGUCGGUCAAUUGGAAUUUUGGUACCCUACGUAAAUGAGCGAGACACAUCACAGGUGAAACGUUGUCGGGAGGUGUCGCCGAUUCAAACGUGAGGUCAGGGAACUGCUGAACGCGAGGGCCCGAUCGCGACUGCGUGCAGACCGAGUUCAAAAAGAAAAAGGUGACAGCCCUGGUGUGCGUUUGGUUUUGUGUGUUCACCUCAUUUCUCAGACUUUUUGACUAUGCACUGAUGACAGGGUUUGUUUGACGGAAAAAACAGGCCAAAGAAAUCCAAACGUAUCAAUUCCAUUCUGUCCAAGAAAUGCAUAUCACAGAUGAGAAGAAAUGGCUUUAUAUUUAUAAGUGUAUAUAUAUGUAUGUAUGUAGGUGUAGAGUAGUAUUUAACCUGUCAGACUUUGGUUGUCGUUCUUAAUUUAGAGUCUGAUUUUGAGAACUCGCAGAAGGCCGGUGAACUUCUGUUGAACGUUUGUGUUUGUGUUACAUUUGUGCUGGAGCGCGUGAGGACGUAAACAUGAACCUGAAAAGUAACGGAAGUAAGCAACCGUCCAUUACUGCAGAGGAAUAUACUGCCAACAGCCGCUUCCUGCCUAAAUGUGACGUCAUCUGGCCAACUUUUUUACAACUCAACAGGUCACCAGGUUCAUGCAUGCUGUCUGCACAUGCUGUGUUUUAUAGAGAAUUUAAGUCUGUGCCUGAUAAUGUGACAUCAUUUCACGUGUUUUGAGUGUUUUCAAAGAAUAUUUUUUUCCGUGACGAUGGAGGAAAUUCGUCAAAGCAAUAAUGAAACAAAAAUGAUGACAAUGAAACCUCUGGUGUUUCUCAGUGACUCUGCACACACACACACACACACACACACGUCCUUCAGUAUGUAUUAUAUAAAAACGGGAAACAUUUGAUUACUGUAUGUGUUCUGACAAUCCACUGGAGGAGGCAUGCUUCUUUAAAAAUGAAGAAACUUAUUAAAAAGAGGAGUAUUUUUGUCCA